GGGAAAGCAGACGGGAAAAAAAUGGCGGAUGCUUCUCAUCUCGAGAGAAUGGGCAGAGAGCUCAAGUGCCCCAUCUGGAUAAUUGGUUUUUUGGUUGUCACAUAAUGCUGGAACCCUAUUUUAUCAGUUAAACAUUGAGUACUCUCUCGAUAGGUUUGUCUUGAGUCUGUUCAAUUGUGCAGUUUCACUCACAUGCAAUCAUGUAUUUUGCAAUUCAUGUAUCGUCCAAUCUAUGAAAUCAGUUUCCAGUUGUCCGGUGUGUAAAGUGCCUUACCGGCGGAGAGAGGUUAGACCAGCUCCUCAUAUGGAUAAUUUGGUGAGUGUGUAUAAAAGCAUGGAAGUUGCUUCAGGCAUCACUAUAUUUGUCACCCAGAAUGCACCCUCAACAAAAUUAUCAGAUGAAGGAAAGCAAGUUGAAAGUGAUUGCUGCCAUGGUAAGCAAGAGACUGGUGGAGCUUGUCAGGAUAAAGCAGAAGAUAAAAGAAAAUCGAAAGGAAAAGGAUCCAAAAAAUCAUUCCAAACCAACCUACAAAAUUCUGGUCCUGACACUACCAAACCUUCCUUUCCAACAAAGAAAAGAGUUCAGGUGCCACAGAAUCUUCUUUCAAAAACCCCAUUGCAGCCUCAAAAAUGUGAAUCUGGUUUGGUUGAAAGUACCAAAGAAGGAUCUAAGAAUGGUUCAAAUGUUAUAAAUAAGAAUCCAGUUCUAUAUGGAAAGGGAGAACCCGUUUUUUCACCAUUCUUCUGGUUGAGAGAGGAUGAGGAUGCUGAAAUAUUAAGUCAAAUGAUGGACUCUGAUCAUGUCAUGGAUACGCCACUGCUGAAUGCCCCUUCUUUUAGUGAUAUGAAGGAUUCAGAUGAAGAAAUGCCCUCUGACAUAAUGCAAGAAGGGAAAGUGCAUAGCAGUUCCAAUGUUGCAGACUGUUUUGAUAGUGCGAUGUUUGACUGGACGCAGCGACCUUGUUCCCCUGAACUUUGUUCAAGUCCAAUUGGAAUGCAGUUUGGAGAUACUGAUGAAUUUGAUGGAAUUCAAGAAAAGGAAUUGAACACUUUCUCAAAGAGUACAACUGCAUAUGGCCAAGAACCCUUUACUGAAGCAGCAAAAACACUGAAUACCAAACAAAGAAGUGAUGUUCCAGAUUUUGAGUCACCCUCUAUGACCCACUCCAAAAAUGCCUGUGGUCAUAUUGAAACUAAAAAGUCCAAUAAGAAAUGUAGGAAGUCAAUUGCAACAGCCCAAAAGAAGCACAAAAAGAAAAGUAUUGAUCAAAUUCUUGAUACUAAUGUCAAUCCAAAUAUAGUAGCUGAUUCUGUUGAGGAAACAUGUGAUAGGAAUGUCAAUUCUACAAACCUUGCAAAUAUAACUAAUAAAAUGUCUAAGAAGACUGUAUCUGAUAUGGGAGUGAUAGAUUCAACACCUGAUGGUGUUCCUGCUUUAUUUGUUCAUGCAACACAUCUGAAUGAGGGCAUUAAUAUGAUCAGUAAUCUGCCUUCUGCAUUUGAUAACAAACAUGGUAGUCAUGAAGAUUUUAAUGCGAAGACCAUACAGAGUCGUGAAAGGAUCAACAUGCAGGGCCAGAAAAAUGCCUUUGUGAGAUCAAAAAAGCGAAAGCAGGGUUUCGGGAAGGAUAGCAUACUUGAAGUUCCUGCAACAAAAACACAAAGAAACAAGGUUGCAUUUUCUGAAUUGUCCCCUUUAUCUGUCCCUGCAGUUGAUGAGAAAGCUGCUAAUUUUGGGGAAAAAACAAGCCAACAGGCAAGAGAAAUCAAGUCUUCAGUGAAUCCAAAAUGCAGUCAAAGAUUGAGAUGUUCAAAAAAGUUGAAAGUUUCCUCUGAUGUCCCUAAAAAUAAAAUGGCUGAUGACAUUCAAAAAGGCCAUAUGAAAGUUGCUGCUGCAGAGGAAAAUCAAUCCAAUGGUCAUCCUGAUUUCAAUGAUCUUGAUCAUGCAUUCACAGCAAAGAUUGCCAAUAGUGGAGUGGUUUUGCGCAAAUGUGAGACUGUUCCUAAAAAAUUCCAGUGUGCCUUUUGUCAUUCUGCAGAAGACUCUGAGGCUUCAGGAGAGAUGACCCACUACUUCAAUGGCAUGUGUGUCAAAGCAGAUUAUAAUGGCGGAUGCGAUGUAAUACACUCCCACAGGAAUUGCACUGAAUGGGCCCCCAAUGUUUACUUUGAAGAUGAGGUUGCAAUCAAUCUUGAAGCUGAAUUAGCUAGAAGUCGGAGGAUUAAAUGCAGUCUCUGUGGAAUCAAAGGGGCAGCUCUAGGGUGUUAUGAUAAGGGCUGUCGCAGGAGUUUCCAUUUUCCUUGUGCAAAGUUGGUUCCACAAUGUAGAUGGGAUGCUGAUAACUUUGUCAUGUUAUGUCCUCUUCAUGCCUCUUCUAAACUGCCUAAUGAAAUUUCUAGUUCUCAAGGUAAAGGGAGGAAGAAGUGCAUUCUAAAAAGGCAAUCACAUGAUCCUCAAGCUAAAGCUGCAGCUAAACAAGAUGGCUUUUCAAGUUCUCAUAGGAAUUUAUUUGGUUCUACUACCAAAUUCGUUCUCUGUUGUUCAGGUCUCACAAUUGCAGAAAGGGAAAUUGUUUCUGAAUUUGAGAGGCUCUCUGGACUUAAAGUGCUAAAGAAAUGGAAUUCUAGUGUUACACAUGUCAUUGCAUCAACAGAUGAGAAUGGGGCAUGCAGAAGAACCCUCAAAAUCUUAAUGGCUAUUUUGGAGGGGAAGUGGAUACUCAGUAUUGAGUGGAUUAAAGCUUGCAUGAAGGCCAUGAAACCUGUUGAGGAGGGGCAAUACGAAAUCAAUGUUGAUACUCAUGGAGUCAAGGAUGGUCCUCAGCAAGGAAGAUUAAGACUUCUUAACAAGCAACCCAAGCUUUUUGACGGGAUGAAGUUCCACCUUGCUGGGGAUUUUGAACCUUCUUAUAAGGGGUAUCUGCAGGAUCUUGUAAUUGCUGCUGGUGGAACUGUUCUGCAAAGAAAACCCAUUUCGUGUGACCAGGAAGCAAAGCCAUCUGCGUCCUCUACAUCAUCGACCUUCAUAAUUUACAGUCUUGAGCCACCUGAUAAGUGUGAUCCCAACAAGAGGAAUAUCAUUUUUAAUCGUAGGAGGCUUGAUGCAGAAGCACUCUCACGUUCAUCGGGAGCCAAAUUAGCAACCAAUGUGUGGGUUUUGAACUCCAUUGCUGCUUGCAAGUUGCAGAGUGUAACAGAAUAACAUUCCCAAAAUUACUAAUGCAUUUCAUGUUUCAUCAGUUUUCUGGGAUUAAGCGUUUAUUCAAUGUGAAUAUUUCAAGUUAGCGAUGCAUAGCAGGCUUCAUUAAAGAGUUUAUAAAAAAUGUCAAGAGUUUUGGUAGUGUGUUAAAAGCUUUGUAACUUUCAGGGAUGAUCACUGUUAUUUGUGAGUCCAAACUGGUCAUGUUGCCCAAUCAGAACUUCCUGAAAUUUGUUAGUGUUAAGUUGCAUAUGUUUCAAUCCCUUGCAGUCAUUGGCUUAAUCAAUAAUUUAAAUAUGCUAUUCUUGCACCCAA